UAUUCAAUGGGAGAACGCGCAAAGUUACUCAGUAAGCUGUGGUAUAAGUAAUCGGCAUAUACCUCACGGAUGGUUAGUCGUCGGUGUAUCUCUGGAGCUCACUAAUCUUCCUGUCUUGCUCUUCUGUCGGAUCAAAAAUAUUUUUGUUAAUAUUACCGUACAGUAUUCAAAAAGUACUAUCUUUAAAAAUGGAUAGAACCAUGCAAUCGACAACUAUUAGAUACCCCCAGAGGGAGAAUCAAGAAUGAGUUAUGAAGAAAAGGAAAAGAAAAAUUUAUAGCGUGAAAAAAAAUUAAUGAUAACAAAAUUUAAAUUUAAUAUAAAUAUUAAUGAAGAACUGAUGAGGGAGUGUAAGUGUAUAGAUCUUACAGGGUGGUUGGUGCAGCAGGUGCAAGUGUCAAUGUUGGUGAAGUCAACGUGGACUGGAGAAGUGUCAUACUGGCGGACUUUUUUAGAUGAUGGAACUGAGCUGGCUAAACGAAGUUACCACAGUGAGCACGAGGUCGACUCGCUUGCCAUUGCAGUGGGAUCGUCGUUGGUGCUUGCAGCAAGUGAUAAUAGAAGAAUCAUUCGCGUAUGAGUGUAAUUAUUGGACUGAGGAGAAGAAAGACUACUUGAAGCAUCAUCGUCGAGAAAAAUCAAGUACGGUGGCGCGGCGUCGGGUGCCGCCACCAGCAAAACGAGCAAGAAGUCAAAAGAAGAAACCAAACGAAGAAUCAUUGUUGGAGACCAAGACGACAAGACAAAAAGCAAAAGCAGGGAGAGGUUCUUACAGAUGCGGUGCCCGGUGGGGCCAGCCCGCGGCGGCGUGACGCGAUGCGGACGCGCCCCUCCUGUACGAUUCUCGAGAAUCUUGGGGAAAAAAAAAAGCGUCGACGUGGUGAAACUAUUUCACACCAAAAAGAAAGACGAGGAAAUACUAGAAAUGCAACGCUUCUUCUCGUUGCAGUGGGAUUGUUGUGGACAAUGCGAAGUUGUGAUGCUCUUACAGCACCCGGCACCUCACAUCAACAGCAGCUCAAGUAUAGCUCGCGUCAAGUCAGAACUCGUUAUGGAACAUUGCGCGGCAUCGUUGCCCGUUCCAUGUCUGUUGAAGGUGUCGAAGCUUAUCUUGGUGUACCGUAUGCUACGCCACCGUUGGGUGCGCUUCGUUAUAUGCCACCCGUUACACCAACUCAAUGGAGAGGUACUAAACUUGCGGAUACGUUACCUCCUGCGUGUCCACAGAAAAUACCAGGUUUGGAGCCAAAUCUGCCUCGUCGCAGACGUGCUUACUUCGAUAAUAUUAUACCUUUACUUACUAAUCAAAGCGAGGAUUGCUUAUACCUCAAUCUGUACGUUCCACGGCCACUCCACGGCAGUAGCACAGAAUUGCUGCCAACUUUGCUUCUUAUUCAUGGGGAUUCUUACUCGUGGGGAGCGGGUAAUCCUUUGGAUGGUACUGCCUUGGCCGCUCAUGGCCGCAUCAUCGUAGUAUCAAUUAACUUUCGUCUAGGUGUCUUGGGUUUCCUUAAAACUGGUACGAAAGGAAGUGCCCAAGGUAAUUAUGGUCUCAUGGAUCUUGUUGCGGGCCUUCAUUGGCUUCAUGAAAAUGUUGAAGCUUUUGGUGGUGAUCCCGAACGUUUAAGUAUUCUAGGAUUAGGAACUGGAGCAGCGUUAGCUAAUUUUCUAGCAGUAUCGCCCAUGGCUAAAGAACUCGUUGAAAGAGUUAUACUCUUAGGUGGUUCUGCUUUAUCGCCAUGGGCGAUACAACGAGAUCCUAUCACAAUUAAACGACGAGUUGCUGAGCAAACUGGAUGUCUCGGUGAUGUUGAAACUGAUGAUAUUGCUAUAUGUUUACGAUUAAGGAGUAUUGAAGAAUUACUUAAUGUGAAUCUUGAUACCCCAAGAUUCACAUCAGGAUUUGCACCUUUUAUGGAUGGAACUGUAUUACCAUUGGGUUCUCAGGUAACACAACCUACUGCUUCAUCAGCUGGUAUUUUGCCAUUGGUACCAGGACCAGGCAGUGAAUUUGCUGCGUUAGGAAAUCGAGAUCUUCUUAUGGGAUUAACAUCAUGCGAAGCAUGGUUGGAUUUAAGUGAAGAUGAUUUAAAAAAUGGUAUCAAUGCAACUAGAAGAGACCGGAUUCUAAGAACAUACGUUCGAAAUACUUACCGUUAUCAUCUUCAUGAAAUUUAUUCAACUCUGAAAAAUGAAUAUACCGAUUGGGAUAAAGAUGAACAGAGCCCUAGUGCAAUUAGAGAAAGUUUAUUAUCUUUGUUGGGAGAUGGGCAAGUUGCUGCUCCACUUCUUAGAUUAGCAUUAUUACAUUCAGCGUCUGGUGGACGAGGUUAUCUCUUUCACUUUCAACCUGGUGAUCAUCCAAGUCAACGGGGAGAUGAACUUCCAUUUCUUUUGGGUAUACCACUCCUUAGAAAUGAGCCAAGUCGUUGGCUAUACUCUGUUAACUACACCAUUGAAGACGAAAGUAUUUCACGUAUGCUUGUACGUUACAUCGCAAAUUUUGUACGUAGAGGAGAUCCUAAUGAAGGGAAUCCGACUAAUGAAAAAUUCACGAAAAAUUCACCUUUUUGGGAUUCUUAUGACUCGAUAAAUCAGCUCUAUUUAGAAGUCAGCAAAGUAACAGAAAUGCAUCCUCACUAUCGUGGUCACAAGAUGUCAUUGUGGCUCAAUCUUUUGCCGCAGUUGCAUCGGCCAGGUUACGAGAUCAGUAUGCGUCAUCAUCAUCUGGCAGAAAGCCCAAGUCUUUAUGAGGGUGCGGUACGACCUCAGACAAUGGCUCUGCCACUUCCACCACCUCCACUUUCCAUACCUAUGCCGACAGAAGCUUCCAUAUCUUCAAAACCUAUCGAAAGUACAGAGUGUGCUCCCAAUAUUUCAGUUAUGCCUAUGAGUACAGUGGUACCUACUCGUUCUACUCAACAACCACUACCUAAAUUAUCACCAGGACCUAAUAAUCUUCUGCGUAAAUUUGCAUCAAAUCAUUAUCAAAGUUAUACAACAGCAUUAACUGUUACGAUUGCUGUUGGCAUAUUUCUGUUAUUACUAAAUAUUCUCAUAUUCGCUGGAAUUUAUCAUCAGCGAGAUCGCAAUGCAGCAGCUGCUGCUGCGGCGUCUACAAAUUCAUCAAUAUCCUUGGGCUUUGCCGAACACAAAAAAAAAGAACGACUACUUGAAGCUGGAUGUUCCGGACUUGAGUCAAUAAGUGCUAGUGGAAAAUUAUCACGGUUGUCUUCGUUUGUCCUCAAUGACUCAUCUAUUUCAUCAAGUCCUUCAAUUCACAAACAUAAACUUGCACAAGAACUCGAACUACAAUUACAAGAGUUUCAAUGUUCACCACCACCUGGUGGAGGUAAACGAAUGUCUUUAGAUCCACCGUCCUACGCUAUAAGCAAAAGUCCUGGUAUUAAUCGUAGUCGUACGCCUUCACCGUGUGUUGAUGUUGCAGCACAAAAUAAUCAAUUAGAACCACAUGAUCAAGGUAUAGUUGAUGAUGACGAUGAUGAUGAAUUUUUACCUGAUCCACCUCCACCGCCCAAGGUACCUGCACCUAAUGUUUGUUCGGGAAUUCUGCGACAACCUGGAACACCAGGUAGUGCUAAAAAGCGUGUGCAAAUUCAGGAAAUUUCAGUGUAAUAAAAUUAUACAUUUAUUAAUAUAAUGGAUUUGAUGACAUUUUCCAUCUCAGGGUAGAGAUAUAAACUAUUGAAUGUUAUUUGCAUUUGAUGUCAAUGCCGUGUGGAAUUUUCCAAUAACCGAGGAAUUGGACUUGUGGUAUUUUUCAAGAAAAUUAUCAAUUUGUUGUACUAAUUAAGUUAUUUUUCAUUGUGGAACGCUUACAAAUAUUUAUAUCAAAUGACUUUACAACUGCCGUGUUAUAACAAAUGCACGUUAUAUAGAUUGAUAUAAACACUAUAAGGAUAUAUAAUAGCAUUUUGUUAGAACACAUUACUGCAUAUU